AUGCCGCGGAGCAAAGAGCCAGAAAUCUUCACCUUUGAGCGGAUCCCAGCUCAAGAGCCACUGCGCUAUACGCCAGUGCGCCAGCGAAAGAAGAACACCCGUGUACAGUACCCAGCCAAUGUCCGAAAGUACCUUCCACCUGCCGAGAAGAGCGCUGCCAAGCGCUGGCUCGUUGCUCUGUGCCUGGUACUGUUCCUUCAGAUCUACACCGAGGAUGCUUGCAUCGAGACACCGAUCAGCGCCGAGAGCCUUGCCGCCGAGGUACACGAGGAGGCGUCCUUUGGUCCAUACAAGGAGCUACGGUUCCAGUCAGCAGAGGAACAGGCGCGUCAACUCACAGACAGUGUCUCCAACGAGCUCUCUUCUGUCAACUGUCAGGAUCAACUUGUUGGUGAGCAGAGUGACAACACCUGGAGCAAGCUGGUCAAUACAACGUGUCCCAGCUGGGAUGCCGAGACGAAUCGCAUGCACAAGCAGAGCACAAGGAACAGCUACGUGGUAGCCUUCCUCUACCCGGCAGUUUAUCACAGACUGGGAUCUGAGAAUUGA